GGCCGGGGGAGGCGGGUUUAUAAGCGGAGGCGGCGCCGCGGCCUCCGGCCCGUCUCGAGUCGCCGCCAUGAGCGCCAUGGCCGGGCUGCGCGCGCUCCUGCCGCUGCUGUGCCUCGCGCUGCCCGCGCGCGCCGCGGAGGAGGACGCGGACGGGGUGCUGGUGCUGCGCGCCGCCUCCUUCGAGCGCGCGCUGGCGGCGCACCCGUACCUGCUCGUCGAGUUCUACGCCCCGUGGUGCGGCCACUGCAAAGCGCUGGCGCCCGAGUACGCGAAGGCGGCGGCGAAGCUGCGCGCGGAGGGCUCGGAGAUCCGGCUGGCCAAGGUGGACGCCACGGAGGAGGCGGAGCUGGCGCAGCGGUUCGGCGUGCGGGGGUACCCCACCAUCAAGUUCUUCCGCAACGGCGACCAGGCGGCGCCCAAGGAGUACACGGCCGGCCGGGAAGCAGACGACAUCGUCAGCUGGCUGAAGAAACGCACCGGCCCGGCCGCGACCGCCCUGACAGACGCGGCUGCCGCGGAGGCGCUGCUGGAGUCCGGCGACGUGGUGGUGAUCGGCUUCUUCAAGGACUCCGCGUCGGAGGCUGCAAAGGAGUUCCUGUCAGCAGCAGAGGCUGUGGACGACAUUCCCUUCGGGAUUUCCUCCAGCGCCGACGUCUUCACCAAGUACCAGCUGAGCGGGGACGGCGUGGUACUCUUCAAGAAGUUUGAUGAAGGCCGUAACAACUUUGAAGGGGACAUCACAAAAGACAAUUUACUGAACUUCAUCAAGUCCAACGCGUUGCCUCUGGUCAUAGAGUUCACUGAACAGACUGCUCCUAAAAUCUUUGGAGGAGAGAUCAAGACUCACAUCCUGCUGUUCCUGCCGAAAAGUGUGUCUGACUAUCAAGGGAAACUGGACAGCUUCAAGACUGCAGCAGGGAACUUCAAAGGGAAGAUCCUGUUCAUCUUCAUCGACAGUGACCACAGCGACAACCAGAGGAUUCUGGAGUUCUUUGGCCUAAAGAAGGAAGAAUGUCCAGCUGUGCGUCUGAUCACGCUGGAGGAAGAAAUGACCAAAUACAAACCUGAAUCAGCUGAGCUCACAGCAGACAAGAUCACGGAGUUCUGCAACAAGUUCCUGGAGGGCAAGAUCAAGCCCCACCUGAUGAGUCAAGACCUUCCCGAAGACUGGGACAAGCUGCCUGUCAAAGUCCUGGUUGGCAAGAACUUUGAAGAAGUUGCUUUUGAUGAGAACAAGAAUGUCUUUGUGGAGUUCUAUGCCCCCUGGUGCGGUCACUGCAAGCAGCUGGCUCCAAUCUGGGACAAGCUGGGAGAGACCUACAGGGACCACGAGAACAUUGUCAUUGCCAAGAUGGAUUCGACAGCCAACGAGGUCGAGGCCGUGAAGAUCCACAGCUUCCCCACGCUCAAGUUCUUCCCGGCCGGCUCUGGCAGAAAUGUAAUUGACUACAAUGGGGAGAGGACGCUGGAAGGCUUCAAGAAGUUCCUGGAGAGCGGAGGUCAGGACGGGGCGGCCGCUGAUGACGAUCUGGAGGACCUGGAGACGGAUGAAGAAACGGACCUCGAGGAAGGUGACGAGGAAGAUGAGCAGAAAAUCCAGAAGGAUGAAUUGUAAAGCGAAGACUGAUCUACAUCACCCACAAAAUCAGACACUAAAUUGGCGGCUGUUUUGCAGCCCAGUAAGUCAGAAACCCAUUAAGAUUUAAAGCAGAAGGUGAAUGACUGGAAAUCCAGGGAUUGGCUUUUAGAAUAACACUUGCCCUCACUUGUCUGUACACUUGGCUUCCUUCCUUUCCCUCGGCUCUCCAAGGAUCUGUCUCCGGGUGGCCAGCGCAGCCCGCUGGGCCCAUCUUGAUUCGUGUUGUACCUUUUUGUACACGGCUGUCGUCGUUCCCCGCCCUGGGCAGAGCGGGGUGUGGGGCGGCAGCUGCGCGCGGUGCCCGCGGCCUCGCCACUAACGCCUUCCCAGAAAGCUCUUUCCUUCUUCCUUUCCCAACUAAACCUGUAGCUGAUUUCUGGGCCCGCGCUGCUCCCCGCUCCCUCCACUCGGCCUCGGGCGAGCGGGCGCGGGCUGCAGGCAGCAGGGCUGUGCGGGCGCUUCUCUGGGCACCGGGCAGAUGUUUCCCUGCGUUAGGGCUCGGGAGGUGACGGGAGCACCGGGGGGACCCUGCGUGGGCUGUGGCUGCUCCCCAGACCAGCUGAGACCGGCUGUCACCAUCCUUUCGAUCAAAUGCAGUUGCUUUCCAAACGUUGUUUUGAAUGGGUUGGCCAGGCAGGUGGGGGGUGUGGGAGGGCCCGAUAGAACAGAUCAGCCGGGGUGCGCGGUGACCGCGUUUUGGGGAGGACCCUGGAGGCGGGAGCGCCGCGGGGCCUGAGCUGCCUCAGGCUGUUCUCAGCGUUCCACUACAGUAACAUUGGAAUUGAAUUUGUUGGCCAAAUAAAGUUGAGAUUUUAAUACUA